AGUGAUAGUGUUUUUGAUGGCUGUUGCCGGGAUACAGGUAUUCGCCGAGGAUCUCGCGUUUCCCGAAAAUGCAAGAAGUCCCUCCGGUGCCCGUAUUGUGUCCGGUUGGGAGGCCGCAGAGGGCCAGAUCCCAUGGCAGCUGUCCCUGCGAAUGGUGGACCCAACGGGAGCUGUCACUUCUUGCGGUGGGUCCAUCAUCCACCCUGAAUGGGGCCUAACUGCCGCUCACUGCACUGCUACGCGCGUCACCAUGGUGCUUCGCGCCGGCGCCGUCAGCCUGUGGCGUCCUGAGCUCAUCUUCGAGACCUUCGAGUAUUUCAAUCAUCCCCUGUAUAAUGAUGCUAUGCUUAUCUUCGUCCAGCCUCAUGACAUCGCUAUUAUGAAGUUCCAACGUACUAUCACCCUCUCUGACCGUGUGCAGCCCAUCCGUGUUCAGAACUCUCUCGAUAAGAACCGCAACUACGAUGGCGUCAGGCUUGAAGCUUCUGGCUGGGGUCGCACUUGGACCAACGGAGCUACUCCCGAAAACCUGCAGUGGGUGUACCUGACCGGAGACUCAAACGAACGCUGCUGGUCUGCCUUCUUCCCCGGGAGCUCCAUCGUCGUAGAUUCCACCAUCUGCGCUAGUGGCUACAAUGUCACCAGUCAGUCUACUUGUCAGGGUGACAGUGGCGGCCCUCUCGUCGAGUUGGAAGAAGACGGCAAAUACACGCUGGUCGGCAUCGCUUCCUUCGUGUCAUCUCUAGGCUGCCAUGCUGACAUGCCUGCCGGUUUCAUUCGUCCCGGGCACUACCACGAUUGGAUUACCGACGUGACCGGUAUCAAUUUCGACUGGGUCCCUGAACCGCCCACUGACUCCAGCGAGUCUAAAUCUAGCGAGUCUAGCUCCAGCGAGUCUAAAUCCAGCGAAUCCAGCUCUAGCAAGUCCAAAUCUAGCGAGUCCAGCUCCAGCGAGUCUAAAUCCAGUGAAUCCAGCUCUAGCGAGUCCAGCUCCAGCGAGUCUAAAUCCAGUGAAUCCAGCUCUAGCGAGUCCAGCUCCAGCGAGUCUAAAUCCAGCGAAUCCAGCUCUAGCGAGUCCAGCUCCAGCGAGUCUAAAUCCAGUGAUUCCAGCUCUAGCGAGUCCAGCGAAGAAAAAUCUUAA